AUGGCAGCCUCCACCGCCUCGCACCGGCCGAUCAAGGGGAUCUUGAAGAACAAAGCCUCCACAACGUCCUCUGUGGUGGCAUCCGCCCAGCAACCCGGAGGAGCUGUUGAGCAGGUGAUGAGAAAAAAAUCCCAGAAGUGGGACGAAUCGAGCAUCCUGGCGACAUACCGCCCAGCAUACAAAGACUAUGAUUUAAUGAAGGUAAACGAGCCCAGUACUCCUUGCCUUAAUAUGCCGGAUGAAAGUGAAGAUACAGGGUAUAAUUCAGAGACAAAGGAAGGUAUGACCCCAGACAGCUUAGCUAAGAAACUAGCCGCAGCCACAACCUUGGAUCCCAGCCGUCAGGCGAAGGAACAAGAGAACAUUGGCGAGGAAGAAUGGAAAAUCUUACUUGACAAACAAGAGAAACGGCGGCAGUUCGAGAUGAAAAGAAAGCUUCACUACGAUGAAGGACUGAACAUUAAAUUAGCUAGACAAUUAAUCUCAAAAGAUUUACAAGCCGAGGAGAAGAGUGAAAACGAAGAAUGUUGUCAUGAGACUAAUGAAGAAAACACUACCACAGAAGAAUCAGAAGAAGGCCCUGCAAGUGAUGAACUGCAAGCCAAAUCAUGCGACUCGUAG